GCCUACAUAAGUGUGCGUACGCUAGAGUCAAGAAUGGCAACAACCCAGCCGAAGUCCGACACUAGUCCUUCCUCCAUGGACGCCUCCGUCCGAAAACAAGACAGGUUGCUUGCCUACCUCAACAUGCUCAAGGAGCGAGCCGCUGAGAUCAGAGGCAACCCUGCCGCCCUGCUGGCCGCUACGGACGAGUUCUGCUACAAGACUAGAAUGAUGCACGUUGGAGACAAGAAAGGUGCUAUAGUGCGCAAGGUGGUUCAAGAGUUGGCCCCUAUGACGUGCCUGGAGCUCGGCACAUUCUGCGGCUACUCGGCGGUGCUCAUGGCGAGUGCCUUACCCGAAGGAAGCCGCUUCAUCACCCUUGAAGCUGAUGAGACGCACGCGGCAGUUGCGAAGGAGUUUAUCGAGCUUGCGGGAGCUCAAGUCAGCGAUAAGGUUACCCUUGUUGUCAAGAAAUCCGAAGAUGUCAUCCCAAAUCUGCGUAAGGAUUUCUCGGUGGACACCUUGGAUUUCGUCUUCAUCGAUCACUGGAAAGAGCUGUACGUCAGGGACCUGAAACUCCUGGAGUCCCACGGUCUGCUGAGGAAAGGAACCGUUAUCCUAGCCGACAAUAUGAUUUACCCUGGAGCUCCGGACUAUCUCGAAUACGUCCAAAACUCGGAGAAAUAUCAGACUGAGUUGUUCCACUCUACGUUGGAGUAUUCUGACAGGGAAGAUGCCGUUGCCAAAUCAAUCUACUCAGGCUAAAGAAAAACAUAUAAUGCUCGAAAUUUGGGCUGUUUUGUUUUCUCCUGUUGUGCGAUGUGAUUGUAUACGGUUGCGAUUUCUCAUAGAUUGUUGUACGGGAUCAAGGAACUGGUACGGGAGUUUAGGGUUUUUGAUCGUGGAUGGGGCAGAAGUGUGGUGUUAUUUACAUUAAACUAACGGAAUUUUAAGGGCCUUUAUUGUGUUUUUUUUCUCUCUCAUAGGGCAUUACAUUAUAGGCUCCGUAGAUAGGGAAGCUCACUGUUUUACCUGGUUCUGAAUUCAUUAAUUUCAUUUUUUUUUCUCGUCUUUUCUUUUCCAACUCGGAAUUAGUAUUAACGUGUUAAAAAAACAUUCAUUCUCUGACAGGAUAUUGUUUGUGGUUUCUAAUUCUGAGUCAUAAUUUUAGAAUGAUGAUUGCUAAGUGGUUUUAAAGAAAUUGUCCCUCCAGUAAUGUCACAUCGAUGCAUUUACCACAUCAUAAUAUGCCUGCGCACCAAAAUAAUGUAUGUAUGUAAUCCACCCCUUGAAGAAGUGCACUUGGAGACAUUUUGAAUGUCCUUAUGAAUGAAACUGACUGGUUAAUUACUGGGAUGGGAAAACAAAUUCGUUCAACAACAAAACAAUCCGCUACCGGUAUCGUGCUACACACCAAGAAUUGG